ACACAUUGGCUGAACACAUAUAUAAUCUGGUUGAACAUACGUGUUAUUGAAGUAAAUAAUAGGCGGCAAAUUUUUGUCUUUAUUUAUAAUAUUAAUUCGUUUUACCAAUAAAUUUUGUAAGAUUUUUAACAAAGAGCGCCAAAUCAAAUGGUAAACCAAUGUCGCGCCUGCCUCAAUUCGAAAGACACCGCCUUUAUACGUAUGGAGACGCACAUAGCUGAUGGCUUCGAUUUUUUUACUUGCUUCAGUUUAUGCACACAACUGGAAGCGGGGCUUGAUGAUGGCCUGCCAGGAGUAUUAUGCACACAUUGCUCUCAGGAUCUCGAAAUCUCAUUUAAUUUCAUGCAAAAUGCCAGACAGGCUGAUGGUAUACUCCGAGAGAGCAUGUCACAAAAGUACUUGUCCGAUGAAAUUGAAACAUUGGAGACCGAAAUUGGUAAUACAAUUAUGGAGCCAUUGGAAGUUGUAGAAGAUAGUGAAGUUGAAGAUUGUGUGGUGGAGGAACUUAUAGAAGAUGUACUUGUACCAGGAGACGUCGCCGAAAGCGGUGUGGUUGAAAUAAUGGAGGUUGAGAACGAUGGGCUAAACAUUUGUGAAAGUUCUCUGGAUGAAAUAGAACUUGUAGAAAACCAUUAUGUGGAUCGAACUGUUGAGACCGCUGAGGUUGAGUUGGACGAAGAACAUGAAUCACAGCGAAAAACAGGAGAGUAUUAUGCAGAAGAUGAGGGAGACGAAGUAUACCUAAAAGAGUACAAAGAAAAUGUUGAGCAAUCGGAUGCAGAAAAUCCGAGCUCAAAAGGAGGAAAAUGGAAAUGUAUAGAGUGCAAACGUGUCUUGUGUGGCGAUGUCUCUUAUGAAGGCCAUAUGAACAUGCACCGCUCAUUGCGACCAUACAAAUGUACGCUAUGUAUGUGUGCAUUCCGUUGCAAAAAUAAACUGGACCAACAUAUACAGCUGCGUCAUGAACAACCACCAAAUGACACGCAAAACGCGAAUCCUAGCAACAAUUGUCAGAAAUGUACAAAAAUUUUCGAGACACCCGAGGAAUUACAAGAGCACCAAGAAUUAAUACAUCCCGAUAGUAAUCCUGUACAAUGUAGACGCUGUCCGCUACUAGCACCAUUUGCGCGCACAAAACUAGUGGAACACUUUCGUAAUGAACAUCCAACGGAACAUCGAAAAUAUUUUCCCACAGUGGGUAGGCCACCAAACGAACCAGCCAAACCAACACCAUGGCAAUGUGAAGUGUGUAAAUGUUAUAUGCGAUCAGAGGCAGCUUUGCGUGAUCACCGGCACACUCACCAGCAUGAACGGCCACAUGAGUGCCAAAUUUGUGCGAAACGUUUUGUUACUACAAGUAAUUUACGCCAACAUAUGCGCGGCGUACACACCGAGGAAUAUGAGAAGUUGGUGAGUGAAGGCGGCGAUACGAUAGUGCAAUGUGAAAUGUGUAAAAAACAACUACUUCGACGAAAUCUCGAUAAACAUAUGGCCUUACAUAUGAGAAAGGAGCGUGAGGCGAAGGAGACGCAAACGAAAUUUCUUUGUGCCUAUUGUUCCCGCGAAUUCACCAAUGCGAAAUCGCUCGGUCUGCACGAGCACAACGUGCAUCUGGUCAAAUUGGAGGAACCGAAAUAUGAAUGUGGCAUUUGUAAGCGUAAAUGCUAUCAACAACGUGAUCUCAAUUGUCAUAUGCAGCGUGUGCAUCUGGCGGAACGCAAACACUUCUGCAAUGUAUGCGGUAAUGCGUUCAAGAGCGCUUGGCAACUCACCGCACACCGGCUAUUGCAUGCCGAAGACAAGUCUUUUGAGUGCAUCCAUUGUCACCGUAAAUAUACACGGCAAGCGGAUUUAAUUGUGCAUAUGCGUACACAUACCGGCGAACUGCCGUACGCUUGCCACUUGUGUGAUAAACGCUUCGCGAUAAAAGUACGUCUCACCUAUCACCUGCAACGGCAUCAGGGCGUCAAACACCCAUGCACAUAUUGUGGCCAUGUCUAUGACAAUCGCAAUCAACUGAAGGAGCAUCUCUUCAAGCACACCGGCAUGCCGUAUCGCUGCGAAUUGUGUCCAGAUGUGGGAUUUACGCGACGUUUGCGUUUUUCUAGUCAUAUGCAGCGCGUCCAUAACAAAAGUCUAACAGCUGAUGAGCUGGCUGCCGUUUUUGCAAAGUACACAGGAAAGGCUAUACAUUUCAACGCCAGCAGCAGAUCUCAGGAGUAUGCGGACUCACAGGACUUACCUGAUUUUAUUGUAGACGAAGAGAAAGAAGAUGAAGAAAUGUUAGAUGAAGUUUUAAAUAAUUAAGGUUAUGUGGUACAAUUGAUAUAUGUAUGCAUGUAUGUAUGUAUCUAAAUAUGAAUGUGGUUAAAAUUAAAUUACAAAUAAGCAUUGAAUAAAUUUUUAAAAUUAUUUAUAUAAGUUUAAAUAGAAAUAUAAAAAUUAAAAAAUGUAUGUAAUAAAUAAAUUACAAGCAAUAAUUUGAGUAAAAAUUAUAUGAAUGAAGUGCCCACUAAUCUACAACCUUAGCUGCAGUAAACCACAGACCAAAUCACAAAUCAAAUGAGAGCUUAAAGCUCUACUUUUUUAAAACACAAGAAAAUCCCAGCUUUCCAAAGCCAAAAUUAAACGCAAUUUAAUUAAAUUAAAUUUCAUAAUUUUGCUUCACUAUAUUUAAAAAUAUAAACAAUAUUCUCGGUUCGUUGUACAAAUGUGUUAGUUUGAUUGCUCUUGCUCUGCAUUUUGCGCCUCCGUUUGCAAUUCUUCCAGAGUCUUCACAUGCGGAUUACGACCCGUGUUUGCUUUGAACAUUGCACAAUACUCCUCAUCAGUCAUAGUCAUGUCGUGCAUACGUAACAAAUGUUUCCGAAAU